AAGAAAAUUAUGGACAAUUCCUCCUAUGAGCCAUCAUUUAUAUUGGCUGGGUACGGUCAAAUGGGUGAAACGAAAUAUUUCUAUUUUUCAAUUGUAUUUUUACUGUAUAUUAUAACAAUAUCUGCAAAUGUAGUUCUAAUAGGCAUUAUCUAUAAAGAAAAGAGCCUUCAUGAGCCCAUGUUUAUUUUUUUGUGUAGUUUAGCAGUGAAUGGUGUGUUAGGGAGCACUGCUUUAUCCCCAUCUCUUUUAGUGAACCUAAUUUCCGACAGCCAUGAAAUAUCCAAAGCUGCCUGUUUAAUGCAGAUUUUUUGUUUGCAUACAUAUUGCAUUUGUGAACUUAUGAUUUUAGCAGUAAUGGGAUAUGAUCGAUUUGUAUCAAUUUGUCACCCACUGACUUAUCACACCAUAAUAAAUACUUCAACAGUGUACAAGCUCUCACUUAUGUCAUGGCUGUUUCCUUUUGUAUCGAUGGUGGCUUUCACAAUAUCUACUGCUGAAUUACCACUGUGUGGUAAGAUCAUAGAAAAAGUAUAUUGUGAUAACUACUCUGUUAUGAGACUCGCCUGCACGGAUGUUAUUAUUUAUAAUAUUUAUGGGCUGAUAGCUACUUUUAUUAGUCUUACCCCUCCACUAUUUCUAAUUAUAUAUUCUUAUGUGAAGAUAAUAAAAGUAUGUCUUAAAGCUUCUAAGGAGUCACAAGCCAAAGCAUUAACCACUUGCUCUCCACAUCUGAUAACACUUUUUAACUUUUUUGCCUCGAUGGGUUUUGAGGUUAUUCAAAGUAGAUUCAACAUGAAGCAUGUGCCUAAUGUAGCUCGUGUGAUACUCUCAGUUUAUUUUUUAAUUUUUCCUCCUCUGUUCAAUCCAAUCAUUUAUGGAGCUAAAACCCAGAAGAUAAAAAUAUGUUUGAAAAAAAUCAUGUUCAAUAUAAAAAUUAAUCCAAAUGACUGA